GCCGCUUGUAAACAGAUCGUGCCCCACGUGACGGGCGCCAAGUACCUGUGCGGGGGCACCGGGCAUUGUCUGCCGCGGCGGCGACCGACGGCGAGGCUCCUCGGCAGCGGGCUCCGAGCAGAGAGGCGGCGACUUCUCUCCGUCCUCCCUCGCCGCUCCGGUGGGGAUCCGGCGCGUCUUUCCCCCCCGCCCGCAGCGCCUGCCCCGUCCCCCCGCCGCUAAGAUGGCUGAUGGUGGGCAGUGAGGCGGCGCGCGGGGCUGUGGGGAGCCGUUGCCGGCCGGCGCGCAGCGGGGCAGGCGGGAGCGGCGGACGGGAGCGGGGAGGGUGGGGGGUGUGUGGGAAGCCGCGCAGCGCCAUGUCCGCCUUUGCCCUGGAGGAAACGCUGGAGGCCGACUGGGUGGCUGUCAGGCCUCACGCCUUCCAGGAGCGGGAGAAGCACAAGUUCGUCUUCAUCGUGGCCUGGAACGAGAUCGAGGGCAAGUUCGCCAUCACCUGCCACAACCGCACGGCGCAGCGCCAGCGCAGCGGCUCCCGCGAGCUCUGCCGCGGCGGCCCCGAGGCCAGAGCCGCCCCCAAGGCCGGCAGCCCCGCGGCGCGCAGGGACGCGGGCCUGCCCAGGGGCUUCUCCCAGCCCCGCGCCGAGGCGGCGCCGCGGGGCGCCGAGCGGGGCGCGGUGGCCGAGGCGCUGCUGAAGGGCUCGGUGCGCGCCAAGAGCAGCCCGGCCCGGAGGCCGCGGCGGGGCCCGGAGGCGGCAGGUGCCGCCGAGGAGAUAGAAGUGCUGGAGCUGGGGAAGGAGGAGGCGGCCGCCGCGCUGUCGCUGCCGCCUUCGCUGCUGCAGGCGGCCGUUCCGGCGGCUCCCGACGCGGAGCCCGCGGGGGAGGAGUGCAGCUGGGCCGGCCUCUUCUCCUUCCAAGACUUGCGGGCUGUGCACCAGCAGCUGUGCUCGGUGAACUCGGAGCUGGAGCCCUACCUGCCUGCCUUCCCCGAGGAGCCCUCGGGCAUGUGGACGGUGCUGUUCGGGGCCCCGGAGCUAUCCGAGCAGGAGAUGGACGCGCUCUGCUACAAACUCCAAGUUUACUUGGUCCACAGCUUGGAUACCUGCGGCUGGAAGAUACUUUCGCAAGUGCUCUUCACCGAGACUGACGACCCCGAAGAGUAUUACGAGAGCCUGAGCGAGCUGCGACAGAAGGGGUACGAGGAGGUGCUGCAGCGAGCCCGCAGGCGGAUCCAGGAGCUUCUGGAAAAACAUAAGAACACGGAAAGCAUGGUAGAGUUGCUUGAACUCUAUCAAAUGGAAGAUGAAGCCUACAGUAGUCUGGCAGAAGCUACCACGGAGCUCUACCAGUACUUGCUACAGCCAUUCCGAGAUAUGAGGGAACUUGCGAUGCUUAGAAGACAGCAGAUAAAGAUCUCGAUAGAGAAUGACUACCUAGGCCCCAGAAGAAUUGAGAGUCUGCAAAAAGAAGAUGCUGACUGGCAGAGAAAAGCCCACAUGGCUGUGCUUUCUAUUCAAGAUCUUACAGUUAAAUACUUUGAAAUAACAGCUAAAACACAGAAAGCUGUGUACGAUCGAAUGCGAGCAGAUCAGAAAAAAUUUGGUAAGGCAGCAUGGGCAGCAGCAGUGGAACGUAUGGAAAAGCUUCAGUAUGCAGUUUCUAAGGAGACUUUGCAGUUGAUGCGUGCUAAAGAAAUCUGUUUGGAGCAGAAGAAACAUGCGCUGAAAGAGGAGAUGCAGAGCCUGAAAGGUGGUACUGAAGCCAUAGCCCAUUUGGACCAGUUAGAAGCUGAUUAUUAUGAUCUACAGCUUCAAUUAUAUGAAGUGCAGUUUGAGAUCUUGAAAUGUGAAGAGCUGCUGCUGACAGCACAACUUGAAAGUAUCAGAAGACUGAUGUCAGAGAAGAGAGAUGAAGUGGUAUAUUAUGACACUUACGAAAGUAUGGAAGCCAUGCUUGAAAAAGAGGAUAUGGCAACAUCUAUACACUUGCAAAAAGAGGAGCUGCAAAAGUUACAACAAAAAAUCCGCCAGCUGGAAGCAAGGCGUGGACGUAUUUCAGCCAAGAAAGCCUACCUCAGAAAUAAGAAGGAGAUCUGUAUCGCAAAGCAUAAUGAAAAGAUCCAGCAGCGUCACCAGAGUGAGGAAGAAUACAAAACGCACCACACUGUUCAGCUAAAGCGAGAUCAAAUACAAGAUGAAGAGGAAAGAAAGAGCUCCUGGGUUAGUCAGGAGCGACAGAAAACACUGGACAGACUUCGCACAUUUAAACAGCGGUACCCUGGGCAAGUAAUACUUAAAUCAACCAGACUACGUUUGGCUCAUGCAAGAAGAAAAUGUGCAACCAGCUCAGCACCCUGUGUUGAUCAGCCUCAGUCUUUGCCAGCAACCAUACAAAUCCAAGAGAAGAGUGAAGAGGUGGAAUUGGAAAAUGCAGUCCAGCCUUUACAAGUGCAGGAAUCUACAAGCUUAGAACAACUUCAAGAUAUCUCAUUACCUCCAAAUGGUGUUACCUCUGAACUGCCUCAUGUUAGUGUUUCUGCCCUCACUGGUAAUAAGCUUCAACCAGAGACUGUUACUGUAGUACCGCUGCCACCUCCUUUGCCUCCACCACCUCCACCUCCACCCCUGCCCUCCAAGGAAGAUGCUACCAAAUCCUUAGAGAAAAGUGACAGCUUUGUGAAACGUCAGAGUGAGGAGAAGGGAGUCCAGCACUCUUUUGGUGUCCCACCAGCACAUCUGUUUGACAGCAGUCAGCUAGUCAGUGCCAAGAAGAAGCUUAAGAAGACGGGUGAUCUAGAGGGUUUGCAGAGGAAAAGAGUGAGUUCCCCGAUGGAUGAAGUGCUGGCUUCCUUGAAACGUGGCAGCUUUCACUUAAGAAAAGUUGAGCAGAGAAGUCUCCCUCCUUUUCCUGACGAAGAUGAUAGCAAUAACAUCUUGGCACAGAUUCGGAAAGGGGUGAAGCUGAAGAAAGUGCAGAAAGAUGUUCUGAGAGAAUCCUUUACAAUUCUGCCUGAUACUGACCCUCUGACAAGGAGCAUCCAUGAAGCAUUGCGACGGAUUAAGGAAGCAUCACCUGAGUCAGAGGAUGAAGAGGAGAGUUUGCCUUGCACAGACUGGGAAAAUUAAGCUGUGAUUUACAGCCACUGAUGUGAGAAAAGAAACCCCAGCUGAAGAUUGCUUUUCCUCUUCAUUUCUGAAAAUUCAGAGCCAGCAGUUAUGACCAUCAAUUCCACAGGAGGCUUUCUUUGGCAAAGAAUAGUCUUUCUUUGGCAAAUGAUUCAGUAUAUAUGGAAAAAAAUGGCCCGAAAUGUUAAUUUUUGGGUCAUUUUUAUCUUUAAUUUGUUCAAAAAAAUUCUUGUUUGGACACUAAGCUAAGUUGUUUAGAUGUGCAUUUUAUAUAAUCAAGAAUGCCUGAUUCUUAAGCACUUUUUCUAUUUGCAUUAGUAAUGUGUGGCCAGUUAAGUGAGGGGGGCAUUUUGAAUUAGGAGAAUACUUGGUGUUAAAGUGUCUUUGGAAUUUGGCCAAGACAUCAAACCAGCUGUGAAAUGUCCCCUUCACUGCACUGAAUAUACGAUCUGCUUAAAAAUCCAACUAAACAGCUCCUUGCAGAGAAGCUUGCUGUGUUAGUAGUGUGAUACUAGAAAGAGCAGAAUUCCUAGUUGCACUACAGUUGCUGAAAUUCAGUAACAUGCAACUAAGACUUUUUCUUCUUAGUUUGAAGAAAUGUAUGUCAGUAUGAAGAUUAACAAGUGACCACACAGCACAAUGAGAAAUAAGAGUUGAAUUCAGUACAUAUUAAAGAAUGUGUGUGUUUCCAAAAUGGUACAUUUAGCAAGACGUAGUCCAGCACCUUUUUAGAACGUCAUUUAUAGUCUGACACUUUUUUGAAGUAGACAUUUUCAUGCUUUUUUAAAAUAAUAUUUAGCUAUGCUGAACCAAGUUAGUUAUACUUUUAUCAUUUGUUAUAAGAAGCAAUAUUUUGUAAUUUCAUACUUAAAAUUAUUUUUGUCUUUUGGUUUAAAGUUACUUUUGAUUAGUCUAAGCAGCCUUCUUUAAAAAAGAUCAAAGCACUUAUACUGAUAAUUCAGUUGUGAAAAUCAUGCUUCUCUUGCUGGUUUUCUUUCUUCCCUUUAAUGGCUGCAAAAAUGUUUGUAUUUCAUACCCAGAACCUUACUGGCUGAAAAAAAAGUUCCCUUUUGAUCCUUUUUUGGUUUGUUUUUUUUGUUUAGGGAAUGUUACAACCUCCUCUUCAGUGAAUACUUAGAAGUAAUCCUAAAUUUCAUGGCUAAUGGCUGCAGGCAGCUACUCUUACGAUACCACAGUCCUAAGAGGUCUGUCAGUACAGAGAUACAAGUAGCUUUGUACCGUCUAGAAACUCCAUGAGAUAUUAAAGUCAGCCCAUUACAAUUUAAAGAAAAUAGAACUGUCACUAGCAUUUUAUUUUUACUGUCAUGGCUUACACUGUGUUUCAGAAAUGUAGUCCCUGUCCCUUGUGCAGUGUGGUCCAUUCACUGUUAGUCGUGUGACAGACAAACUACUAUGCAGGUAUUUUUAAGUGGAGUUAUGCAUUGCUGCUGUCAUUUCAUGAAACAUGUACUGCAUUAACAUUUAUAACAGGAGAUUUCAGAGAAAAAUUAACAUCUUGCCAUUUACCUAUAUAGUGAGCAACAGCAGAUCUUACCUUAGCAGUAGGCUAUGUAACCUAAAGGAACCUCAGCUCUUGGACCCUUCUGUUGUUUUGCUGUGGCUGUCUUGAAUUUAAAGCUCUGUCAAACAUCUUGAAAGGAUGUCAUUCUACCCUUGAUAUCAACAGGCAUUUUCUUAACCUUGUUGCCUUAUGAAGUUAGUGAACGUUCAUUUUCAAAGCACCUGUGAGCAGCAUUACUGUAGAGUUGUAUUGAUUUUGCUGCAUUAGUUGUCAGGUCUGUAUUUUUCUGUCCUGAGAUCAGCUCUAUGAAACACUUGAUACUGGCUUUCCAAGGACCUAAAACCAUACGAUGUUUUUUUCUUAAACUGCUUCUCUGAACCCUGAGUUACAUGGUGUGGUUGCAGGCUGUCUUAAUACUGUGUUAUAACAGCAAUUUCAAAGUUUAUUUGACGUUGCCUAUACCAUAAGCUCUGGUGUAUUUUUUUUCUCUGUUUUUCUGUUCUUCCAGUCACACCACACAUUAAAAGCUGAGGUAAUCAAAUAAAUUUUUUUGGCUGUAGCACAAAUCAGAACUAUGAUGCAGAAUGGUGAUUCAGAUUAUACAGUUCAUCUGAAACUUAGGGCUAAACUAACAGUAGUAACUGAGCAACUUCUGUGUCCAUUUUUUCCUGUUUUCAAGCCUGCAGCCAAAGAGUGUGCAUGUGGGACACUAGCAAAAUUCCAAGCUGGGGAAAAAUAGUGUAAUUUUAAAGUGUAGGCGCAGUGGUUCCCUUGCACAACAUUUGUGUCUACCAGUUUACUACUGUGUUGUGAUUUCUCUAAAUAGCUCCAUGCUGUACUGUACUACAAUUUUUGUUUGCCAUGUGAUCUGUUAUCUUUGCCUUUUAAAAUAUGUGCAUGAGUGAGAAAAAAUACUGUCCUUCAUCUUUUAUGUUUAGCUGAAGUCUUAGAUUCCUGUAGUAGCUUAGUUUAUAGAAAUGCAGUUCGUAUUUUAUGCGCACACAGAAGGCAGUUGUGCUGAGCAUAGCAGUUCAAAACUGCCAUCUUCAUUGUGGAAAGUAAACAGUUUUUUCCACAUAAUGCUAAAAAAAAAAAAAUCCUGGAUUUUAAUCCUCCAUGAGUCACUAGAUGUCACAAUUUCACAUAAAUCUCCACUUUGAUAUAUUAUGUGUAUGUAGUGUACAGGCUCAUGGAUAAAACUUCCCAUCCUCUGUACUGUGUGCAGUGGGAUGGAUGCAGCAGCAAAUGGGCGAAGUUUCAAGUAUAUUCACAAGAAACUUAAAGAAACUAUUGGCAGUCCUGCUGAGAUUGGUUCCUCCAUAGCUGAGAAAAGCUGUAUUAAUUGUGUUGGUCCUUGAGAAAUCUUAGUAAGCGUAACUUUAGAAAAAACACAUACACAUGCAAAGAAAGGGAGCCUCAUAAAAAACGUUUCUACCCAUUAUUGGGCAUUUUUCAUUUGAGGCUAGACUUCAUUUGUUGUGGCUGCAUUAUUCUGUUGCUAGUCAUUUAUCUUAGGCAGUUUGUCAGAUUUCAGGCUUUUUCCAGUUUUAGAAACUUCUUUAUUUGUUCAAAUUAAAACUGUUUUAGUAUAGUGUAACUGAUCCAGUGAGGUGAAGAGUUGGAAUGCAUAAUCUUUACUGUACAAGUGCUUAUGUGAGGACUGAAAAAAAUCUUCUAUGAGUGGGGACAAGAAACACCUACUUCUACUAAAAUAACCAAAAUGUGAAGUAAACAGCAAUAGUCUUUUGCUCAGAAAUGGAAUUUGCAUCACCAUGCAUUUCAUGCUAUCAUUCACAGAGGUUCCAGAUUCUUUUAAAAUUACCAGUAGUUUUAUUUUAUUCACUUUACUGUGUUUUUAUAGUGUUAGUUGUUACCUGUCUAGGAUAGAUGGAGGCUUUUUUGUUUUUCUUAAACAUUACUUCUAAGGUUUUAAAAAAAAAUAUCUGACAGUCUGCAUCUUACACCAGACACCUGUAAAAUAAAUUAGGAUGAUUAUGUAUUAUGUUCUUUUGUGGCUGCUUCAGGGAUAGAAUUCAACAUAACUUCACUACAUUAUUUGUAAAGAAUCAUUUUGAGUAUAAGCACUAUAUAUUCUGUAAUGUUUAAUAUUAAUGACAGGUGCAUUGUUAAGAUGCAGCUUAUUGAGGAGGCAGAAACUUCUGUUGGUCAAAAUUACCCUUAUUCCAUUCGUUGCACUGAAUUUCAAGAGUGUAAUUUGUAAAUCAAGUUUGCUCACUUGUGUAACAAGACUUUUAUUUUCAUUGUAAUGCUUAUGUAAUUAAAUUACCUGGAUAUAUUUCUGGUAAUGAUUCCAUAAGCACGGACAAUAUGUUAUGUUUAGCACUACAGAAUUAAUGUUAAGAAUGAGCAAAGCUUCUUGCAAAGAGAAGGAGUUAACAGAAGCACCUUACUGGGAGAGUGCGCUGCAUAAUUUCAGUGCUGCUGGAGCUGGCAUACAGCAGGUCAUUCUAAACUUGACCGCAAAUUACUCUUUGGUGUAAUAAGCACAUUGACAUACUGCUACCAAUGCUGUAAGAAGUGUAGAAAUGGCUAUUUUUAACCUAGAAAUAUACUGUAACUUAAAUUUUUCCUAUAAAAUGAAUUUAUAUUUAAUUGCUGCCUAAUACAUAAAUACUUGGAAUUUUUAGGAGUGUCAAGGGUGAGUGGGCAUGCCAGUAUAUUUUUGGGAGGGGCUGUUGUAUAUACAGUUCUUUGCACUUCCCAUUCAGUUUGAAUAUUGAUCCAAAACUCCCAGCUCUGACUGUGGUGAAUCUCCAACCUGACAUUUAUGAAUUUUUGUGAUUCAGGUUGUCUGUAUUCUGUAGCCCACAGCUUCAGAUUUUGACAGAAGAGGUUGUCUUUCCAUUCUCAGAUGUGAAUGUUCUGAUGUACCUCUAAUAUGGAACAUGACCAAGCAAUGAAUUUUACUCUGCUGAGUUUCUAAUAUUAAUGUAGAGAUUUAUUUAAAGCUGGUAUCUCUUAGCCAGUAUUGUAUCCGUUUGGAACAAGUGAAAAGGAUGAUGCCUGUGUUGCUGAGUGUCGUUCAGACUCUGCAGAGAUGUCACCUAUUUGCUAAUUAGUUUGCCAUAGGCUGCCUAGAUUUUCAGAUUUAGAAACAUUUUUUAUUUUUAGGAAAUAGAUGUUGGAGAUUGGGGAUAUUUACUUAGCAUCUCCCAGUGUGUUAUUGUUGUUGUUCUAUGUUUUUAAUUCCAUCUUAAAUAUAUACAAAUACAUCAUCAUAAGAUGAAAACUUAAGAAAUACAGAUGACUUAUAUUAAGAAAUAUGAGUUGUCCUGCAUGAAUAAGUCAGUGAAGUUUCACUAAACUAACUUUUGUUAAAGCCUGGAGAAUAAAUACAAAAUAAUCAAAAGAAAACAAAUUUGCCAUUCACUAGCUUUGUGCAAUAUUAUUGGUAGACUCAAACACUACUAGCACAUUGUGCUUGGCUUUAAGAAAGUUUUUUAAAUCCAUCAUAUUCAAAAGGACACAUUAAAUGCAUAUUUUAUUGUAAAUGACUGCAAAUCUACUAUGCCUAAAAAUGCUCAAUGUUAUAAAGUAUUAAGCAACAAGUAUGUUUAAAAAAAAAAAAAGAUCAAAAAUUAAACAUUUCUAGCAAUACCUGAAAACUAAAGAAAGUUUUAACUGUCUGCUUUUUGGUCUUUUUUCUUUAGUACAGCUUUUUUGCAAUGCAAGUUUAUUGCUGUGUAUUUCAUGGGUUUUUAUUAUCAUAACUCAGAAAUUUAAACCUGUACACAAAGUACUGCACUCACCUUCUUGUACAUGCAAUGUAACGUCAUACUCACAGUUUUGGUGCUUUACAAUGAUUCCUUUUUUUUUUCUUUAUUAAAGGAUAUUUAUUUGA